AUGCGAACUUAUCUAUAUAUUACUAAAUUAGAGACCGAUAUGACCGCCUAUAGACAACAAUUACAUGCACUUUUCACUCGACAAUAUCCAGAAAUUACCGUUUCAGAACAAAGAAUCUCAGACCAAAGAAGAACCAUAGAUAGGAAUAAACUUCUAUCUCAAGAAGAAAUACAUCAAUUAAAAGAAGAAGUACGAAUACAAUUACUGGAAGAAGAAGUGUAUAACAAUAAUAUUAAUAAUAAUAAUAAUAAUAAUAAUAAUAAUAAUUAG